AUGGGCUUGAUAACUCAUAACUGGCUUCCCUUCGCUCUCUGUAUAGGAUUUGCUUACAGUCGAGCUGCUAUCACGCCAGGGGUCACGGAAGUAGACUUGAUAUUUCCGCGCAAUGAGAGCUAUUCUCCCUCCCCAGUCACUCCCAUUAUUUUCGCCAUCCAAAACCCAAGCCUCCUGUCAAGCCUCAACCCAGAGAUUACUUAUUAUAUUGAGCAGCAGAAUGUCAACACCAAUGAAAGCGUCUAUAACUCUGGCUCUAUCCGACUUUCGAGGAUCAAUUAUACAACAAGUGACCCUUACUACCUCUAUUGGAGCACCGGCAAGCUGGACAUCGAGGGGAGCUUUGUGUUAGCCUGGGAGCUACAGAUGAACAACUGCUCUCACUCUCCGCAAAGCGACGCAUUGACCUUUGGAUAUCUUGGCUCACGCCGCCAUCAGUUGUACUUCUCCACCAAGAAUGGCACUUCGUCGCCGGACUUUGUCGCCGCAACCGAGGAUGAUACCUGCGAACAAUCCCAAGCCCAGGCCGUACAAGUCCCUGAUCUUUUGGAGGUGCCGUCUUCACGAACCUGGGCCGCACCUUCCUGUGCAGUGACCGUGGGUCUGUCACCGACUCCCAAUCCUUGCAAGGUCAAGAUCGAUUCCACAACUGCCGCCAGUAUUUCCGCGGCCUUGACCUCCAGUGCUUGCGCCAACCCGAUCCGCACGGGGCUGAGCUGUCCAACCCAAUCCUCUGAGAAUGCAGCCUCUGCGGCACAAUUACCUGUGGGAGGGCACUGGAGAUUGGCGAUUGGAAUGAUGCUUGCUUACUGUCUCGCAUCAUGUGACUCAUUUUCUUGGUGA